AUGAGACUUAGUAAACAGCUCGCCAUUGUUGCUACAGUAGCCAGUCUAGUAGUAGCUUAAGACUUCGAUGAUUUUUGGAAGCCAUCAGAAACCAUUCUAAAUUACUGGCUUCCAUUACUAAUUGAAGAUAAGAAUUAUGAUGACCUUGUCGUAGAUCCAAUGACUAACGACAUCUACCCAGGGUAGCCAUGGCUCUUAUUCUUCUACAUCAAGAGAUGCAGUUGGUGCCAAGAAUUCAAGUCUGAGUUUGAGGACUUAGCAAAUAGACUUCAUGAUGUAGCUAAUUUUGGAAUGAUAGACUGCCAUAAGAGUGAGUAUCUAAAGGAAUCUUAUAGAAUUUCAGCCUACCCAACUCUUAUUUUGAUCUACGAUGGCAUGGCAUACGAAUACGAGGGAUCAAGAACAUUCGAGAGUAUCAGAGCAUUUAUCAAAUAGGAUCAUAUUUACAUCAAGAAUUAGUUUGAGAUUCCACCUCAUAUGGGCGAGAUUGGUUUAAGAUUGAGAUAUCUAGAAAGAGACAUGCCAAAGAUCGAAGCCUUUUUAGACCUUCAUAUCUUCGAGAAGUUAGGUUAGCAUGAAAACUUGACCAGAGAGGCUAAGCUAGGCAUAGUAGUAGGAGCUGUAUUAUUGGUAGUUCUAACACUUUUAAUUACCCUAUGUUGCUGUUGCUGUGGCAAGAAAAAGAGAAAUACUGCAGUAGCUGCAGAAGGUGAAAAGGAUCAGGGUACUAAAAAGCCAACUAGUAGGUCUGCCAGGGAAAAGAUAGAUUGA